UGGAACACCUUGGAUUCCUGAGUAUAAAAGGAGCUGUAACCCCAGGGCAACAAGCACUCAUUCGCCAUGUUGAGGCUUUUAAUCUUCACCGCUGUUGUCCUUUGCAGCUGCUGCUCAGAGGAAACACAAGUGGAAAAUGGACGUGUUGUUGGGGGCCAAGAGGCAAAGAAGCAUUCAUGGCCAUCACAGAUUUCCCUUCAGUACUCUUCCAGUGGGAAAUGGUAUCACACAUGCGGUGGGACGCUGGUGAAACGAAACUGGGUGAUGACAGCUGCUCAUUGUGUGGACAGGAGAAUGAAUUUCCGUGUGGUGGCUGGGGACCACAACAUUUAUCAGAACGAAGGCAAUGAGCAGAUCCUAAGUGUGGAACGGAUCUUUGUACAUCCAAACUGGAACAGCAAUAAUGUUGCUGGAGGCUUUGACAUUGCACUGCUCCGUCUUUCAAAAAGUGCAACUCUGAACACAUACGUGCAGCUUGGUGCUUUGCCUCCCUCUGGCCAGAUCCUGCCCAACAAUAAUAAUUGUAUCAUCACUGGUUGGGGCAGAACCAAAACAAAUGGGCAGCUGGCAUCAACUCUGCAGCAAGCCUAUCUACCAGUCGUGGAUCAUGCUAUCUGCUCCAGUCCAUCCUACUGGGGCUCGACAGUUAAGAAUACCAUGGUGUGUGCUGGAGGUGAUGGCACACGUGCUGGAUGCCAGGGGGAUUCUGGAGGGCCUUUAAACUGCUUGGUGAAUGGCAGAUAUGUCGUCCAUGGAGUCACUAGCUUUGUUUCCGGCUCUGGAUGCAACGUUUACCGGAAGCCAACUGUGUUCACCCGUGUCUCAGCUUAUAUUUCCUGGAUGAAUAGUGUAAUUAACGCAAACUGAAUUUACAUCAGAGCCCACUGUCACUGGGGGCUUUAUCAAGAGGAUGCUAAUGUAAUGGGAUAUAUUUUGACAAAGAAUUGUUCCUAUUCAAUGUAUUAAGAACUAGCACUUAUGAUAGUCUUAUUAUUUCUAAGACCAGAGAUAGAUUGGAAGUUAUCUAUUUUUCUUAUCUUUUUUU